CAAAGGGGGCCGGGGCGGACAGGUGGACACAGAGAGAGAGAGAGAGAGAGAGAGAGAGAGAGAGAGAGAGAGAGAGAGAGACUAUACUCUACCUGCCUGCUGAGCUUCCCUGUAGCUUCCACAGAGUCGCUUUGGCUGCCGUUUCCGUGUCAGAAUGAGUAUGUACGGGUCUCAGAAGGCCCUGUACACGGGCCGCAGGGUCAAUUCCAACGGCGACUUGACCGGCGGGGGGAAUGUCCAGUACUCCCGGAGCGAGAUCCUGCACGGAGCCGGUAACGGGUACGAGCCCUACAUGGACGCAGAGUACAACACCUACACCUUCUCAAAGUCAUCUGGAGGCGGCAUGGGGGGCGGAAUGUUACGCGGAAACAUGAGCGGCACGGGAGGCGGAAUGGUGAGCUCAAUGUCGAGCGGUAUGGUGAACGCCGCAAUGUCGGGCGGCAGAGGAGGCGGAAUGAUGAGCGGUAUGGGAGGCGGAAUGAUGAGCGGUUCUGGAGGCGGAAUGUCGAGCGCAGUGGCAGGCGGAAAGUCCAGCGGAAUGAUGAGCGGUACGGGAGGCGGAAUGAUGAGCGGAAUGUCGAGCGGAAUGGUGAGCGGAAUGCCAAGCGGAAUGGUGAGCGCCGGAAUGUCGGGCGGAAAGGGAGGCGGAACGAGUGGCUCCGGUGCCAUCCGCCAGAGGGCCAUGAUCCUGCAGGCCCAGUGCCAGGAGUACCUGAAGAAAGCUGAAUACGCCCUUCAGUCUGGCAGUGCCCCAAAUGAGGCAGAGCGCUACAUGAUGAAGGCCAAAGAUAGCAUUGAGCAGCUGAAGGGCUGCGCGAUGGACCUGAGAGAUCUCGGACAGCCCAAUGACAACGUAGUCAGGACUUUGGAGAUGUGUAAAGACCAGCUGAAGGGGGUCCACAUGGCCAUCCACAGCACCACGCACAGGAGGAGGAGCACCAGAGGGGGCUCAGGAGGCUGGGAGGAGCCGGGAAGGAGCUACCAAGACGCUAUGGCCUGGAUUGCACAGCAAAAGCGUCUGAUAGAAACGGGUUCCUGGGCAGACGAUCCUGCUGCCAUCGAGCAGCAGCUCAGCAGCCACCAGAACUUUCACAGCUCCAUCCAGAGGGCCAGUCAGGUGGUGCAAGCCAAAGAAGACCUGAUGAGGAAAGGAGACAAGGGAAAUAUUCACGCUCUGGAUCAGGAAUGGGACAGUCUACAGCAAAUGUCGAUCGGUCGGAUCGAGCAGCUGCAAGAACUCAAGAGCAUCAUUCAGGACAUGUCCAAAGAGAUCAUGUGGGUCAAUGACAGGGAGGAGGAGGAGCUGAUGUUCGACUGGGGAGACAAGAAUAUCGACCAGUACAUCCCACAGAAGCAGGAGAGCUACUCGAAGCUGAUGAGUGCCCUGGAGGGCAAAGAGAAGGACCUGAAUAAGCUGACAGCCAGAGUAGAUACCCUCCUGAAGAACAACCACCCAGCUUCAGACAAGAUUGAGGCUUACAAGGACACUCUGCAGACUCAGUGGAGUUGGCUUCUUCAAAUCACCAAGUGCAUUGACGUUCAUCUGAAGGAGAAUGCAGCUUAUAGCCAGUUCUUCAAAGAGGCCAAUGAGACGUACAGCAUUCUGCAGAAGGAACAUGAGACGGUCCGUAAGAGAUUCACCUGUGACAAGAACACUCCACUGGACAACCUAGUGGAGCUCCUCAGGGGUCUGGAGAGGGAGAAAGAGAAGAUUAUGGAAAACAAGAGGCAGGUUCAACAUCUGGUCAGCAAGUCCAGGAGCAUCGUGAGGCUGAAACCCAGAAACCCUGAAGAGAAGAGCGGCAGCCCCACCAUGGUCAAAGCCCUGUGUGACUUCAAACAAGACCAGAAGGUGAUCUGUAAGGGAAAUGAGGCAAUCCUAAAGGACAACAGUCAACGCAGUAAGUGGAACGUGACCGGGCCGGGAGGACUGGAUAUGUUGGUGCCCUCUGUGUGCCUGAUCGUACCACCUCCAAACCCGCUCAGCAUCAGUCUCGCCAACAAGAACGAGCAGUACUAUGAGGCCAUCCUGCAAAUCUGGAGUCAGCUGUACAUCAAUGUUAAGAGUCUCAUCGCCUGGCAGUACUGCCUCCUGGAUAUACGAAAAAUCAACUCCCUCACCAUCAACAUGCUGGCCAGCAUGCGUCCUGAGGAAUACCGCCAACUUAUCAAGAGCCUGGAGACUCACUACGAGGAGUUCCGAGUGAACAGCCACGGCUCCCAGAUGUUUACCGACGACGACAAGAGAGGCAUCGAGAACCAGUUCACCGAAGCCCAGGACCACUAUGAGCAAAUAGUGGUGCAGCUGCCGACUUACAUUACACAACAGGAACAUAAAGAAGUGCAGCAGGAAUCCGUGCAGCAACACAAAAAGCAGCUGAUAGAAGAGGAGGCCAGGAGGCGCAAAGAGGAGGCCAGGAGGCACGAAGAGCAGGCCAGGAUGCGCGAAGAGGAGGCCAGGAUGCGAGAAGAAGAGGCCAGGAGGCUCAAAGAAGAGGCCGGGAGGCGCGAAGAGGAUAGACGAAAAGCGGAGCAGAAAAAGAGGGCAAAAGACAAGGUGGUGAUUAAGACAUCCUCCCGCAGCUUAUCUGAGCUGCACGCGCUCAGACUGAGGCUGGAGGGCGCCGAGGGCUCGCUGAGUCAGCACGUUCACAUCUGCCUCGGAGACGACGGGAUGCACGACUGUGGCCUCAAGAUCUCUCAGUUAGAGACGGUUCAGCGUGAAGUCGACUCGAUGCGCAAGGAGUACUUGCGUCUGAGGGAGAGUAUCUCCAAGGAGCUGGAGGGCAUGAGUGAUUCAGAUAAAGCCCAGUUCCUCCGCAGCGAGAUCGGAGUCAUCGACCAGAGACUGGCCAGUCUGGAGAGCAGCUCAUCAGCUUACCUGCAGCGGCUGCAGGCUCUAAGAGACAUGCUGGAGUGUGUGGCACAAGCUGAAGACAUAGUGAAAGUUCACGAGGCGAGGCUGACAGAGAAAGAGACCACCUCUCUGUCGCCCAGUGAAGUGGAGGAUUACACUUUGACCCUGAAGAACAUGAAAGCAGAGCUGGACCAGAAGAAGGAUGUUCUGGCCUCCAUGGAGGAGGCGUUGGCCAAAGCCAGCCACUGGAACGGGCAGGUGGGCGGACCCUUCCACAGGUGUGACAUGAUGCUGUCCAAAUACACCGAGGAGGUGGGCCUGCUCUCUGACCGCUGGAGACGACUCACGGGCCAGAUUGACACCAGAGUCCAGGAUUUGCAGUUGUAUCAUCCUCAGCUGCAGACCUACAAGCAGACCAGCAGCUCCCUUAUUGGCUGGAUUGACGCCACGCGCAAAAAACAAGACAUCCUGCAGACCACCAAGAUAGAGAGCAUCCAAGCGCUGACAGACCAUAUUAACAAACAGAAGGCCCUGAACUCGGAAAUCAAAUUGAGGAGGGAGACGGUAGAGAGUGUGCUGAAGGACAACGAGGCCUGUGUGAAUUCUAUCAAGGACUAUGAAACGGACCUGGCCUCUUACACCUCUGGUUUAGAGACGUUGCUCAACAUCCCCAUCAAAAGGACGAUGCUGAAGUCGCCGUCGACGGAUCUUAAUCUGGAAGCUACACAAAUGCAGACCCGUUACAUGGAGCUGCUCGCCCAUUCUGGCGACUACUACAAAUUCUUGGGAGAGCUGCAAAAAAACAUGGAGGAGCUCAAGAUUCGUAACACCAGGAUUGACCUGUUAGAGGAAGAACUUCGCCUGCUGAGGGAGAACAUGCAAGACCGCAACGCCAAGAACAAAUCUCUGGAGGAAGCCGUUUCCCGUUACCAGCUGGAGUUGUCCAGCGUGCAGAAUGAGAUGCUGUCGAUACAGGAAGUGAAGCAAAGCACUGCAAUGCAGUGCAAUGCCACCAAGGACAGCCUGGACACCACUAAGAGCCAGCUGGUGGACCUCAGCGAUGAGGUGACACGUCUCACCUACUUGCUCGAGGAAGAAAAGAGGAAGAGGAGGCUGGCAGAGGAGCGCUACACCACGCAGCAGGAGGAGUACGAGUCGGUGCUGAGGAAGAGGCAGAAGGAGCUGGAGACGAUCAGCUGGUCCAAGGUGGAGGUGGAGAAGAGUGAGCUAAAUAAGGAGCACGAGAUCCAACAGCUGCGGCGGCAGCUGGCUGAGGAUGGAGAGAGGAUCAAGGACCUACAGAAGGAGAUGUCAAAGACAUCGGCCAUGAUGCAGUCCAUUCAGUCCCAGUACAGUGAGAUUGUGAUGGAGAGAGAUGCUCUUUUGCUAAAAUUGCAAUUGUCAGAAAAGGACAAAGAUCGUUACAUAAGGUUAGAGGAGGAACUUAGUCGCAUUAAAUUGUCCCAAGAGUCUGAGCUUCGCAAUAAGCAACGUCUACAGGAGGAGAUUGAGAGGAUGAAGAGGGAUUUAGGUUACUGGAAAGACCAGUAUGAAAGUAAGGAGGGCCUGAUCAGGCAAUAUGACACAGACAAGGAACGUCUGGAGAGGGAAAAGAACUCUUUGAAAAGUGAGAUGGAAAGGCUGAUGAGGGAACUCCGGGAGCUUGAUGAGUCAUAUAAAAGUAGACUGUCAACCAUGCAGAAAGAACUGCAAGAGGUGGCCAUUGUCAAAAGAACCAUGGAAACUGAGCUGACGAGAACUAGAGAGCCCCCAACCUUGGAUGCCUCCACUUUGGUUUUUGAUGGAGUCCGUAAGCCAGUCACAGCAAAUCAGCUACUUGACUGUGGUGUUUUGGACAAACCAACAUUCAGCCAGCUUGUGAAGGGGCAGAAGACUGUCCCUGAAGUGUCUGUCGACAAAAAAAUCAGUCUCAAAGGGACAGGCCCAAUUGCUGGGGUAGUAAUUGAAGGCCCGAAAGGUUCAGGGUCUAUUACUGCACCCCAAUGCAAAAUGACUUUCACCGAAGCCAAGAAAGAGAAUCUUCUGCCAUCAGAUAGUGUUGACCUGCUACUAGAUGCUCAGGCUGCCACAGGCCACAUAAUUGACCCCAGGACUAAUCAGAAGUUGACAGUUGAAGAGGCAUGCAAUCAAGGUGUGGUUGAUGAAGAAGACAGAGAAAGGUUGCUAGCAGCAGAAGCUGCAGCGGUAGGAUAUGGUGGUCCUGGUACAAGCAAACCCCUUUCAGUAUUUCAGGCCAUGAAGAAAGGACUGAUUGACAAGAACACAACACUGCGUUUGCUACAAGCCCAGGAGUCUGUGGGGGGAAUCCUAGAUCCCGUACUCAGUGUGUUCCUUCCCAAAGAUACAGCCAUUGAGCGUAAUCUAAUUAAUGAUGACAUAUAUCGUGCUCUGAAUCAGAGGCCUGAGCUCUACCUGGACCCAGAGAGUGAGGAUGGUGUGACCUAUAUGUCAAUGAAGAGGAGAUGUAAGGUAGAGCCACACACAGGCCUUCUGCUUCUUCCUAUCCCUGAGAAGGUACACCACUCCAAACUCAUAUUUGAUGGUGUUCGAAAACCUGUCACAGCCAAGCAGCUGCUUGAUUGUGGUGUCCUGGACAGACCAACAUUUAAAGCUCUAGAAAAUGGGAAAAUAAAUGUCCCAGAGGUGUCUGUAGACAAAAAUGUAAAUCUGAAGGGGACUGGGCCUAUUGCUGGGGUUGUAGCUGGGAGUCAAGGAAAAAUGUCUUUGUCAGAAGCCAAGAAACAGCUGCUCCUGCCUGAAGAUAGUGCAGAUUUGCUACUGGAAGCCCAAGCUGCAACAGGUCACAUCAUUGACCCCAGAACCAAUCAGAAGAUGACCGUUGAGGUGGCAUGUGCCAGAGGGUUGGUGGACCCUAAGGAUAGAGACAGAUUAUUGACAGCUGAAGCUGCUGCUGUGGGAUACAAGGAUUCUAGUGCAGCCAAGCCUCUCUCAGUGUUUGAGGCCAUGAAGAAGGGAUUAAUUGACAGGAAGACUGGCCUACGCCUGCUGCAGGCCCAGGAGUCUGUGGGAGGCAUUCUAGAUCCCAAUCUCAGUGUGUUCCUCCCCAAAGAUACAGCUAUAAAGCUCAACCUUUUGGAUGAAAACCUCCGUCAAGCUCUAAACCAGAGUCCUGAGUGUUACCGUGACCCAGAAACUGAGCGUGAUGCCAGCUAUGGAGCAUUAAAGAAAAGAUGCAAGACAGAGCCUCACACAGGGCUAUUACUUUUGCCAAUCACUGAGAAGCUAGAUCCUUCCAAACUGAUCUUUGAUGGUGUUCGUAAGCCAGUAACGGCACAACAGUUGCUUGAUUGUGGGGUGCUGGACAAACCCACACUUAACCAACUAAUGAAGGGAGAGAAAACUAUUCCACAGGUGUCUGUGGAUAAGAAGAUCUUUUUAAAGGGGACAGGAUCAAUUGCUGGUGUGGCAGCUGGACCCUUAGGGAAAAUGUCUUUAUCAGAGGCCAAGAAACAGAUGCUCAUGCCCCCAGAUAGUGCUGAUUUGCUACUGGAUGCACAGGCUGCCACAGGACACAUCAUUGACCCCACAACCAAUCAGAAGCUGACAGUAGAGGAAGCAUGUGCCAGAAGAGUGGUGGAUAUUAGAGAUCGAGAUAGACUCUUGGCAGCAGAAGCUGCUGCUGUGGGCUACCGGGAUCCUAGCACAGCUGAACCUCUUUCGGUGUUUGAGGCCAUGAAGAAGGGAUUAAUUGACAGGAAGACUGGACUACGUAUGCUGCAGGCCCAGGAAUCUGCUGGUGGCAUUCUAGAUCCCAAUCUCAGUGUGUUCCUCCCCAAAGACACAGCUAUAAAGCGUAACCUUUUGGAUAAUGACCUCUGUCAUGCUCUAAACCAGAGUCCUGAGUGUUACAUUGACCCAGACACUGAGCGUAAUGCCAGCUAUGGGACUCUAAAGAAUAGAAGCAAAACAGAGUCUCACACAGGCUUGAUGCUUUUGCCAAUUACUGAGAGGAAAGACCCUUCCAAACUGAUGUUUGAUGGAAUCCGCAAGCCAGUCUCAGCACAGCAGUUGUUUGAAUGCGAAGUCCUUGACAAACCUACACUUGACCAACUAGUGAAAGGGGUCAAAACUGUCCCUGCAGUGUCUAUGGAAAAGAUAGUCUACCUUAAGGGGACUGGACCAAUUGCUGGGGUGGUAACUGGACGUGAUGGAAAAAUGUCUUUCUCAGAAGCCAAGAGACAGAUGUUCCUGACCCUAGAUAGUGCAGAUUUGCUUCUAGAAGCCCAGGCUGCCACUGGCCACAUCAUUGACCCUAAAACCAAUCAGAAGCUGACAGUAGCGGAGGCAUGUGCCAGAGGAGUGGUGGAUAUUAAGGAUCGAGACAGAUUAUUGGUAGCAGAGGCUGCUGCUGUGGGCUUCAAAGAUCCUAGUGCAGCCAAGCUUCUCUCAGUGUUUGAGGCCAUGAAGAAGGGCUUAAUUGACAGGAAGACUGGGCUACGCCUGCUGCAGGCCCAGGAGUCAGUGGGAGGUAUUAUAGAUCCCAAUCUCAGUGUGUUCCUCCCCAAAGAUACAGCUAUAAAACGUAACCUUUUGGAUGAGGACAUCUGUCACGCUCUAAACCAGAGUCCAGAGUGUUACCUUGACCCAGACACUGAGCAGGAUGCCAGCUAUGGGACUUUGAAGGAAAGAUGCAAGACAGAACCGCAAGCAACCCUACAACUUUUGCCAGUCUCUGAGAAGUUUGACCCCUCCAAACUACUCUUUGAUGGUGUCCGUAAGACCGUCACUGCACAACAGUUGCUUGAUUGUGGGGUCCUGGACAAAUGGACAUUUAAACAACUGAUGAAGGGGGAUAAAACUGUCCCAGAGGUUUCUGUGGAUAAGAAGGUCUUUCUGAAGGGGACGGGGUCAAUUGCUGGUGUUGCAGCUGGACCUUUAGGGAAAAUGUCUUUUACAGAAGCCAAGAAACAGAAAAUGAUGUCCUCUGACUGUGCUGACAUGCUACUGAUUGCUCAGGCAGCCACCGGCAACAUCAUUGACCCCAAAACAAAUCAGAAACUGACUGUAAAGGAAGCAUGUGCCAAAGGAGUAGUGGAUAAGGAGGAUGAAUCAAAGUUGUUUGCAGCGGAAGCUGCUGCUAUAGGUUACAGAGACCCAAAUACUGGCAAGCUCCUCUCAGCAGGCCAAGCCAUGAAGAAGGGAUUAAUUGACAAGGACACAGCUCUACGUAUACUUCAGGCUCAAGAGUCUGUAGGGGGUAUUUUGGACCCUGCCCUCAGUGUGUUCCUAGCCAAAGACAUUGCUCUGGAUAGGGAUCUCAUAGAUCAGGACCUAUCCCAAGCCCUGAAUCGGUAUCCUGAGUGUUAUAUAGACCCAGACACCAAACUAGCAUCCACCUAUGUAUCUCUGAAGAAAAAAUGCAAAGCAGAUCCAAGCACAGGUCUUUUGCUUCUCCCUGAACCUAAAAAGCCAUUAACUGUGCAGGGGCUCAGGGGCCAGGUGUCGGUCAUAGAUCUAGUGGAUGCAAAUCUAUUAGACCAGUCGGAUAUGGACAACCUGAGGGAGGGCAGAUUGACAAGCCAGGACAUUGAAGACCGUCUGCGCUCCUACCUGAGAGGUUCCACCUGCAUUGCAGGAGUUUAUGAUGAGGACAGUGCUAAGGUGAUGUCCAUCUAUCAGGCCAUGAAAAAUGGACUGUUGCGACCUGGGACCACUCUGGAACUGCUUGAGGCCCAGGCUGCCUCAGGUUUUAUAGUUGAUCCUAUCAACAACCAAUACCUGACUGUUAGUGAUGCCUCCAAUAAAAGACUGUUUGGGCCAGAGUUUAAGGACAGCCUGCUAUCAGCAGAGAGGGCUGUGACUGGUUACAAACUGCCUGGUACAGACAAGAUUAUCUCCCACUUUGAGGCCAUAGAGAGAGGUCUAGUGGAGAAAGGUCAUGGCAUGCGUCUACUAGAGGCCCAGAUUGCCAGCGGUGGUAUCAUUGAUCCUGAACACAGCCAUCGUAUUGAUGUGAAUGUAGCCUACAAGAGAGGUUACUUUGACAAAAAAAUGAACAACAUUCUGACUGAUGAGAAUGUUAAUACCAAGGGUUUCUUUGACCCCAACACAGAGGAAAACCUAACUUAUCUGGAGCUUAAGAAACGCUGUAUUACAGAUAAGAAGACCGGCCUCAUCCUUUUGCUUAUCAUGGACAAGAAAAAGCUGGAGUCGACUCUGAAGAACACUAUGAGAAAGAGGAGAGUGGUAAUUGUGGACCCAGAAACUAAUAAAGAGAUGACCGUACGUGAAGCAUAUGACAAAGGGUUUAUUGACUACGAAACCUUCGUGGAGCUGUCCGGGCAGGAGUGUGAGUGGGAAGAGAUCACUAUCACUGCUCCAGAUGGUUCCACACAGUUUCUUAUCAUUGACAGGAAGACUGGAAGACAGUUUGAUAUUACUGAGCUGCUUGAAACGCAAGUAAUUAAUCAAUCGGAUCUAGAUAAAUACCAAUCGCGUACCAUCACCCUUAAUCAAUUUGCAGAUAUCAUCAGAAACAAGACCAAACCUGGAUCAUCCUCAUCAUCAUUAUCGUCAUCAACUUCCAAAUCAUCAGCAGCCGCAGGUACAUCUUCAGUGAUAUCAUCAUCAUUAACUUCAAGAACAUCAGCAUCCCCGGCUACAUCUUCAAUGACAUCAACAACUUUAAGAACAUCCGCAGCCUCAGUUCCAGCGUCAGUGACAUCCUCAUCGUCAUCAUCAGUCCUGUCAAGACCCUUAUCACCUACUCUCGCCAAGAUGACCACAACAAGAACUACCACUGUCACAGAGCGAAGUGCCACAACCAGCAGUUUAGCUCAAGACUCAACUGACUCCCUUAGGAAUAUAUCCAGCGUAUCUAUCAACCUGGCCUCUACUGUUGAAGCAGUGGGGGAACAGGAACCCGUGGGUGCCAUCUUUGACACGGACACUUUGGAGAAGAUAACCAUCACAGAGGCUUUGAAUCGAGGUCUGGUGGAUUCCAUCACUGCACAGAGACUGCUGGAGGCUCAGGUCUGCACUGGAGGACUCAUCAAUCCCAAAAAUGGCCAUAGGCUAAGCAUCCAAGAGGCCAUCCGCCUGGGCAUAAUAAAUGACGACAUGGCCCCUAAGCUCAAGCCUGCCCACAAAGCCUUCUUUGGCUUUGAGGAUUUAAAAACCAGGAAGAAGAUGUCUGCUGCUCAGGCCAUGAAAGAGUCGUGGCUACCGUAUGACGCAGGACAUAGGUUCCUGGAGUUCCAGUUUGUAACAGGGGGGCUUUAUGACCCAGAAAUGGGCUGUAGAAGAUCCAUAGAAGACGCUGUAAAAAUGGGCUGGAUAGAUGUGAGAGCAGGCCAGAAGCUCCAAGACAUAAGACACCACACAAAGAACCUGACCUGCCCCAAGACCAAACUUAAGAUCUCUUACAAGGAGGCUCUGGAUAAUUGUUUGGAGGAGGAAAGCAGUGGGUUGAAAAUGCUCCAGGCAUCAUCUGUGUCUUCCAGAGGGAUCAGCAGUCCUUACAAUUUUGCCUCUGGCCCAGGCUCCACCGCUGGCUCCAGGAGUGGCUCACGACAAGGCUCCCGCAGGAGCAGUGUGGACCUAGGCUCCACCUCCUCAUCAGCUUUACAAAGUCAUCCUAGCUUCACCACCUUCUACGCCUCUGCCACCAAAUAAAUCAAGAAAAGUUCCUGCACAUUCAUGCUCUUGCAAAUAAAUCAGUUUCUUAAAAGUAUACUGAUUGUUUAGAUAGGAACUUGUGUGUGUUGUAUAUGAUAAGAAAAAUUCUAAUAUAAUGUUUUUAAACUGUUUGCAUAGUUUUAGAUUUUAGCUUCGGUGUUGCUAUGCUUUUAAAAUGCCAUAGUAUAAACAAAUGAUCGUAAAAACAAACACUACAGAGAUGUUUUUUUUUGUGGAAAUGGACUAAAGUGUGAUAAGGUAUUCAGAUUUAAAAAAAGUGGAUGUUAAUAUCAUUGUGGGUGCCUUUUAGAAUUGGAAAUGAUUGCCAUAUUCUUGCAUACAGUUAAUACAAAUAUAUUUUUCAAACUCUUCAUGGAAUGUUAUUUCUUUUAAAGCUUUGCAUUGGUAACAAAAUGGUGUUAGGUUUACAUUUAUUUGUCAUCUAAAAUGGCUGUUUUGUGAGGGGAAGGUUUUAAGGUUUGGUUACAUACAUUGGCUUAACUAAGCUUUUUUACUGAAUCAGUUGUUAACCAUUGUUUUUGCUCUUUAGUGCUUUGUAACAGUUUCUCAAUAUCUCAAAAUAAAACUGUUUGCUUAUAUGGA